GGAAACGUAUCGGAUGCUUCUUUAGUCAUGUGAUGUGGCGUUAGGCAGAUGCUCAGAUAUGCCUUUCUCGAUGAAGGCCUCCUGUCAGAAAAUUGAGAUUGAUAUCUUGGAGAACGGGAGCUUGGGAACCUCAGAUUCUACGAUCUUACUAUAACAGCAAAACUACGCCUGAUACGAAGCAAAUCGACCGUUCAAGACACUGCCGCCGAUCGAUUCUUCGAAAACUUCGUCAUGAUCAGAUUGCACUGGUUCACCGUUCAUGGCGUGUACCUCUUCACCCAAUUUGCUUUUAUGAUGGCCGGCAUCGCGGCCUUUGUAUCAAUGCCACUAGAACUCAAUCACCCGAUGCCGCCUACAAUUCCAUGGGGAUCCUCUGCUCUAAGCUGUUUUUCACUCUUUGCCAAUACUCUCAUUUUGUCCGCAAUUUUUUCAUCUCAACGGCCGAGUCCCCUGAUGACCGAAGAAAGCCGUUUAAAUACCCGCCGCGUCACACUCCUCAUCAGCGUCCUAUUUGCUGCGGGGUUCGCCGCCGCAGACUGGUCCUUUGCCGUAUCGUUUCGCGAGUAUGGAUCAACUGGUCCUGAGAAGGCGGCCAGCGGUGUAGCUGGGGUGGCAUCAUUUGUCGCGCUCGCUGCUGUGGUAGCGGAUAUCUGGAAAAUUUGCGCAGAUGCCUCGGAGGCUCGAGCUGCUGAACUAGGCGUGGGGGCUUUGAAAGGCUUUGGUACAUUUAUCAACGCAAAAUCAAGGACGUGUAAAACAUAAAUCUUGCCUCCUCAUUAUCUUUUUCGCUGCGU